AUGGCGGAGAUAUCAUUUACAAAGAGUUUCCUGGCUUCUCUCGACUCAAAACCAAUCAGAGUCCCAGCCGAUACCGUCUAUGACCCUCGAACAUUCGCCCCUCGUUUCCCGAUCAUCCUCCCACGCUUAACUGACCCUCCUCACCCGCCUAUGCCUAAGAAAGUCAAGACAGCAGCACCGCCAGGCUCAUCCAAGGGAAUAAGCGUUCAUUUAAAGUCCGCUCGGAACCCUGUGCUAGAUAUCAAGCUUCCAAAUGUAGCUCUUGCUACUGCCACAGUUCAGGAACUUAAGGAUGCUGUCCACCAGAGAAUACGACCGAGCAAUGCGACCGAUCCCGACGAAAGGGUACCAUUAGACAAGAUAAAGCUAUUGUGGAAACGCAAGCCUGUUCAAGGUACAUCUGUUGCCGAUAUCUUGGCAGAUGAACCAGACAUAGUCAAUGGGAAAAUCCCAGCAGAGUUUAGUGUGAUGGUUCUAGGAGGAGCGUCUGUUAUCCCCGAGGAAGAAUUGAAGGCUGCUGCUGCCGCAACGAAGGUGGCUAAACCUCCUGUUGAAUUAGGCCCACAGGAGGAUACGGAGAUGAAGGAUCCUGAUUCAGAACAACUAGGAGAGUUACCGCAGGGCGAUCAAUCCUUGCGUUCUGAGUUCGCCAACUUGUAUGAUGCCGACAAUUUCUGGGAGGAUAUUAGGAUAUUUAUACAAGACAAGAUACCGAACCCAGAUCAUGCCCCGACUAUGAUCUCAAUUUUCAAAGCUGGGUUGAAGGACUACUUGAAGUAG